AAUUCUAAUAUUAUUAGUUUUAAUAGCUAAUUUUUACUAUACUAUUGGUGAUAAAUGCAUUGCCGGUUGGGACACAUUUGAUGAUCAACUAAAGUGUAUUAAAAUAAUCAGCGAUUCACUGGAAACUUAUGCUAAUGCUGUUGAAAUGUGUGCAAAUCUGGCUCAGGGAUCAACACUAUUGACAAUACACUCUCAAAAGGAACAGGAUUAUUUUGCUGACUAUCUAUAUGUCCAACAUAAACUAGUUGAAUCAAUAUGGUUGGGUGCUAAAGUCAAACAAACAAUAAUGACCUGGAUGGAUAAUACUAAUGUUACCUAUAGUAAUUGGUUAGAUGGUAGACCGAGUAACAUUAGUGAUGUUGAAUGUGUGGAAAUGCUAGCUGAUCCUCAGCAAGGUAAAUGGGAUGAUCUGGCAUGCAAUAAACGUAACCAGGUUGUUUGCCAGUCGAUGCAAUCGAUGCCAGUAAGUGAUCUGGAAAAAUUUAAAUUAGAAACUAGGAAAUAUGCCGUAGAUCAAAUUAAUAAAUUACAAAUUGAAUUAGCCAGUCAAAAAGAUGAGCUAGAUAAAUUGAAAUCAAAUCCCGUUCCCUGGGGUUUAUAUAUACUCAGCUGGCGGACAACCAGAACCCAGUCAAUUGUGGCCAGGGGUUAAAUGGCAAGAUGUUACCACCGAUUACGCGGGAUUGUUUUUCCGGGCCGAGGGUUCAGGUUCCGAACCAUUUGGUCAGCCUAUUGGUCCCGAUUGGCUGCAGUUAGUGCGUAUAGGUAUUCAGUUAGCACUGUCACUGAUUUAGGAUAUCGUUUAACUGAUUUACCCGCUAACGGUUGGAGCGAUGAUAUUAAUAAUUGGUUUCCUCUGGAAAUGCAUUUAUAUUUUACUGAAUCGGAUAAUAGG